UCUCUGUAGGUCACCACUUUGAAACAAAAGCUCAGAAAAGAGAAACUCUCUUUUCCCUCUUCUCUCUACAAUGGCUCCGCUCUUUGUCUUUCCUCAGAGCCUCCGAUCUCUGGAAGAGGAGCAGCCCGGAGACAACCGUCUCUGCGCUCAGAACCCAAUCGACGUUGCUUCUCUUCGUCCUUCUGAACUCGAAGAGUUCGUCAAAGGUGUGUCCUUUGAUCUGUCGGAUAAAGAACUUUUCUGUAUUGAAGAACAAGAUGUGUUUGAUCGCGUUUACUCAUUGGUUUUGGGUUUCUCUAAUCUAACCUCAUCUUGUAAACUCAAUCUUGUUGAAAGUCUUCGAUCCAACCUCAGUGUUCUUCUCCCAAAUGUUGAUUCACUCUCCCGGGUUUCUCAAGGCCACGAUGAUGAUCCUCCUGUGCUUGAUAGGGUCGCAUCACAUAGGAAUGCUUUCAAAAUAUACACAUUCUUCCUCCUCAACAUUGUUCUCGCAGAGGAGUCCAAUGCUAGUGCAAACACCAAUUUAAAGGUGACAACAAGUACCAGAAAGAAACAGCCAUUACAUUCAUGGAAUUGGGAACCACAGAGGGGUCGGAUACUUAAUCUGAUUGCUAAUUCAUUAGAAGUCAACCUUGAUUUGCUUUUUGGAUCAUCAAACCCAGAUGAAAAUUAUCUUUCAUUCAUUAUGAAAAACACCUUCUCUAUGUUAGAGAACCCAUCACUCCUUAAAGACUCUGAAACAAAAGAUGCUCUUUGCCAUGUUAUUGGGGCUUGUGCAACAAAAUACCAUUACACAACACAAUCAUGUGCAUCGAUCUUGCACCUGAUUCACAAAUACGAUUUUGUUGUUAUACACAUGGCUGAUGCAGUUGCUGGGGCUGAGAAAAAAUAUGCUGAUGGAACUCUUGCAUGUUCUCUUAUUAGAGAGAUUGGGAGAACUAACCCGAAAGCUUAUGUGAAGGACACUGUUGGGGCUGAAAAUGUUGGCCGUUUUCUAGUAGAACUUGCCGAUCGGCUGCCAAAGUUGAUUUCAACCAACAUCGGUGUUUUGGUCCCACACUUUGGAGGGGAAUCCUAUAAGAUAAGGAAUGCUUUAGUUGGUGUUUUGGGAAAGUUGGUCGCCAAGGCAUUUAAGGAUGUUGAGGCUGAAGUGAGUUCUAAAUCUGUUCAUCUCCGAACCAAGCAAGCUAUGUUGGAAAUUUUACUUGAACGGUGUCGAGAUGUUUCUGCUUUUACUAGGAGUCGGGUCCUUCAGGUUUGGGCUGAACUAUGUGAAGAGCAUUCUGUUUCAAUUGGUUUCUGGAAUGAGGUUGCAGCAGUUGCUGCUGGGAGAUUGGAGGACAAAUCUGCGUUGGUUAGAAAAGCUGCAUUAAAUUUACUUAUAAUGAUGUUGCAGCAUAAUCCUUUUGGUCCGCAACUUAGAAUAGCUUCAUUUGAAGCAACCUUAGAGCAAUAUAAGAAGAAACUGAAUGAGCUUGAACCUGAUACAAAUGUACAGAGUGUUAGUGAUGGUUUACAAUCUGAUAGUGAUACCUCUGGUGGAGAAGGUGAGGUUGAUAAUGCAAAUGCUGAAGAGUUGGCUGAGAAACAUCAGGAGAGUUUAACUGAUAGUUGUCUGCCUCAUCUAGAAGAAAAGAUCACUCAGAAGGAUAGCUUAGUGCCAGAUGUUGGGAACUUGGAGCAAACUCGGGCCUUGGUUGCAUCUCUUGAGGCUGGCUUGAGGUUUUCUAAGUGCAUCUCUGCCACAAUGCCUACUCUUGUUCAAUUGAUGGCUUCAUCUUCUGCCACAGAUGUUGAGAACACAAUUCUCUUGCUGAUGAGGUGCAAACAGUUCCAAAUUGAUGGCGCUGAAGAAUGUCUCCGUAAGAUGUUGCCACUGGUAUUCUCACAGGAUAAAUCUAUCUAUGAAGCUGUGGAGAAUGCAUUUAUUACUAUUUAUGUGAGGAAAAGUCCAGCAGAAACAGCUAAGAAUCUUUUGAAUCUUGCCAUAGAUUCAAAUAUUGGAGAUCUUGCAGCUCUGGAAUUUAUUAUCAAUGCCUUGGUGUCUAAAGGUGAUAUAUCUCCAGGCACGAUAUCAGCAUUAUGGGAUUUCUUUUGCUUUAAUAUCAGUGGAACCACAGCAGAACAAAGCCGUGGUGCAUUAUCUGUGCUUUGCAUGGCUGCAAAAUCAUCCACUGGAGUUCUUGGCUCUCACUUGCAAGAUAUUAUUGAUAUUGGCUUUGGUCGGUGGGCUAAAGUGGAACCUUUACUUGCCAGAACAGCAUGCAUUGCCAUUCAAAGAUUGUCUGUAGAGGAUAGAAAAAAAUUGUUGGUUAGUAAUGGUAGUCGUGUAUUUGGUAUACUGGAAAGCUUAAUUACAGGAUUUUUGCUCCCAGAAGACAUAUGGUAUGCUGCUGCUGAUAAAGCAAUAGGUGCCAUAUAUACAAUUCAUCCAACUCCAGAAACCUUAGCUGCUGAUAUUGUAAAGAAAUCUUUUAGUUCUGUUUUUGACUGUAGUGAACAACAUGAACUGCAGAAUGACAUUGACAGUUCUAGUAACAAUGAUCUCGCAGCAGUUCAAGUGUCAAAACUUGGUAGAUUUUUAUUUGUUAUAAGUCAUAUUGCCAUGAACCAGUUGCUAUACAUAGAAUCCUGUGUUCGAAAAAUCCAGAAGCAGAAGACAAAGGAAAAAAUGGUUACUGAUGUUCAGAAUGGUGGCAUAAAACCAUCCAAUACUCCAAAUGUAUGUUGCAAUUUAUAUAUUAUUAUCAUCUUAAUGAUGUACAAAAAGCUUUUUCUUUUCACUCAGUGGUUUUCUUCCUUUGAUUCUUUGUUACAGGAUAACAAUAUAAAUGCUGAGCUAGGCAUUGCUGCCUCAGAAGAUGCAAUUCUUGACACACUUUCUGAAAGAGCAGAGCAAGAGAUUGUUUCUAGUGGUUCCAGUGAGAAGAAUUUGAUAGGGCUUUGUGCACCUUUCUUGUCAAAGCUUUGUAGAAAUUUUAGUUUGAUGCAAAAGUAUCCAGUACUCCAGGCAUCUGGAAUGCUCGCUCUUUGUAGAUUUAUGAUAAUUGAUGCAAAUUUUUGUGAUGCGAAUCUCCAGCUUCUAUUCACAGUUGUGGAAAGUGCACCAUCAGAAACUGUCCGUUCCAAUUGCACUAUUGCUCUAGGAGAUUUGGCAGUUCGCUUUCCAAAUCUGUUAGAGCCAUGGACUGAGAAUAUGUAUGCCCGGUUGCGAGAUCCUUCUGUCUCUGUUAGAAAAAAUGCUGUGCUGGUUCUUUCACAUCUCAUCUUAAAUGACAUGAUGAAGGUGAAAGGUUAUAUAAAUGAGAUGACUCUAUGUUUAGAAGAUGAAGAUGAGAGGAUAUCAAAUCUGGCUAAACUUUUCUUCCAUGAGUUGUCUAAGAAAGGAAGCAAUCCUGUAUAUAAUUUACUUCCAGAUAUACUUGGCAAACUGUCUUCCCAGAAUCUGCGGAGGGAGUCUUUCUGCAACAUCAUGCAGUUCUUAAUUGGUUCCAUCAAAAAGGAAAAGCAAAUGGAAGCUCUUGUAGAAAAGCUCUGCAAUCGGUUUAGUGGAGUCACUGAUGUUAGGCAGUGGGAAUAUAUUUCUUAUUGCCUCUCUCAACUAUCAUUUGCUGAGAAGGGAAUGAAAAAGCUCAUUGAAUCAUUCAAGACAUAUGAGCAUGUCCUGUCUGAGGAUUCUGUCAUGGAUCAUUUCAGAAGCAUAAUUAACAAGGGUAAAAAGUUUGCAAAACCAGAGCUUAAGUUAUGCAUUGAGGAGUUUGAAGAUAAGCUUAAUAAGUUCCACGUGGAAAAGAAGGAGCAAGAAGUGACGGCAAGAAAUGCCCAAAUUCAUCAACAAAAGGUUGAAAAUGUGGAACGUGUUGUCAGGUCUGGAAAUGAGGGUGAAGAAUUCAUUAAUGCUGAAGAUGAAGUCAUUGAUCCAUCCAUGGAAGGCAUGCCUCAAUCUAUGAAUGAGGCAACAGAUACAAAAUUUGAUGAUUCAGAUGAAUAUUCAGGUGUUUCCAGUGAGGUGAUAGAUACAGAGCCAGAUGGGACUGAAGUCCAGUCACCAAAAUAUAUCACAAAAGGGACCUCCAAAUCAAGAGCUAAGAAAAGCAAAAUAAAAGAUCACAAAAGAAGCAUUUCUGCUUCUAGUGGAAGAAAUAUAAAAUCAAAACAAAGGUAGAAGAAGAGUUAGAAAGUCUCCAAGAUCCUUGUUUUGCUGUUCACAACUGAAAAGAAAGUAAGAAGUUUCUUCUCACUAGAUUGUUGAAGGCUUUUGCAAACAUUUGGAGUAAUAUAUUAUUUGUACCAGUACAAAAAUAACUGCGUCACAAAAUUUUUUAAAAAACAAUGUUUCAUUUCAGAGAGGAAACAUUCCGUAUUCUAAGUGUAUAUGAAUGAACUAUUUUACUGUAUCUGUUUCCAAAUUGUGGGCAAGUCUUUGAAUGCAUAUCUAUAUGCAUGAUAGCUCAAACACAUAGCUGGGACUUCGUGGAUAACAUUUUAUUUUACUUUAUUUCUAAUAUAUAAAUAAGUUAACUUAUUUUAAAAAUUCAUUACACAUCUUUAAUUAUAACUUUCAUGGUAUUUAUUGCCUAGCCUGGUUUGGUUCAAUGGCUAAAGGCAUAGAUUUGAGUCUCUACUUACCCAAUUUCCUACUAAAAAAAAACAAAAAACAAUCAUAGUAUUUACUUGUAUGUAUUAUAAAAAAAAGGAUCUAUGGUUUAUAUGCUUUAUGAGGUGAUGAUGUUUACAUUCCAUCCUUUCUCAUUUACACUUUUUUUUGAGAAGUAAAACAGUGGAAAUGUAUUAAAAAUUAAACAGGCAAAUCCUGGUUCAAAGCAUCAGCUGCCGAUGGAGGGACUUCCUCCAUCCAUAAACACCUCUGAAAGACGGAGGCCCGGUUUAGCAAGGCAGUGAGCCACCUUACUGGACUCACGAUACACAUGAUGGACUUCAAAAACAGAGCACACAUGCCUGAUGGUACUAAGAUGAAGAAGCCAAUUACCAUAGUAUGAAUCCGGGAUGAGCUUGGCGUCGAGGUGGUGGGUCCCACGUAGAUUUCAUCGUAUUAUCAACGUUCAUAUGCCAGCUUCUGUCGCACGAGAUACCGCAAAUGAGGUCGCUUCCACCUCAGCGUCGUCAACCUGCAUCUGAUUGCUCAACUUACACAAGCAAACAUAAGAACAAAACCAGCACUCUGAAAAACAUCUACAUGUCUCCUCCACUUGUUGAUUUUGAAUUAAAGUGUGAAAAUUAUCUUGACCUCAAUGUAAUUAUUUAUUUUAGUAUUUCUAAGGUUUAAAAUAUGAAUGGUAUUAUUUGCAAUUCCAUCA